ACCCGGCUAUAAAUACGGCUGCGCGCAACGCACAGUUAGACAUUUUCCCAAAAUCAAACGAAAGACACAACUGAGCAAGAACCGGCUUUCACCUCUCAUCAUCAUCCUCUCUACCUUGCUCUACAUUUUAUAUUCUAUAUUUGGUAUCCAGCUCACUAUGUUGGCCACGGGUGGAUUAUAUUUGCAGCACGUCGUGGUGGCAGCGGUGUGCUCCGUGCUGGCCACAGGGACGCUGGGGUCCCCGGUGGUGGGGCCAGAGCCGAUCCGAUGCGCCCCGUGUACUCCGGAGAAGCUGAGCCAGUGUCCAGUGGUAGCGCCCGGUUGCGCCGAGGUGCUGCGGGAGCCCGGCUGUGGAUGUUGUCUCGCCUGCGCCCUGGCGGCUGGGGAGCUGUGCGGGAUCUACACGGCGCCGUGCGGCUCUGGACUGAGGUGCACCCCGAGACCCGGCGACCCCCGGCCGCUGCACUCCCUCACCCGCGGACAAGCCGUGUGCACGGAGAGCACCGAGCCCGAGCCGACCCCCGAGCCCCAAACACAAGAUCAGGGAGAGCCAGAGGCUGAGGUGGAGAACGCAGCCAUCGUCUCGGACCCCGGCUCCAGCCACUACCUCCCCGGCCACAGUAAGCCCUACGACCCGCGGGCUGCUGCCGACGCUCAGGAGAGCAUGAAAGCCAAACUCGUCGCCAUCCGCAAGAAGCUGCUCGAAACGGGGCCCUGUCACGUGGAGCUGCAGAGAGCCUUGGACAAGAUUGCCAAAUCCCAGCAGAAAUUAGGAGACAAAUUAACCAGGUUCUACCUCCCCAACUGUGACAAACGUGGACUUUACAAACCAAAACAGUGCGAGUCCUCUCUGGAUGGACAGAGGGGUCGAUGCUGGUGUGUGAACUCCUGGAACGGCAAGAAGAUUUUAGGAUCCACCGAUUUGCCUGCGGAUGCCGAGUGCCCUUAAAGAGAUCAACCACUGAUGCAGAUCUCUCACAAGAACAGAAAAAAGAAGAAACAAGCCACUGAUUUUUUCCUUUUUGAUAGCUGUUUAUUUAUUGAUCUUGUCCAUGGUGGUGUUUAAUUCAGGUACACUGUCAUUGUGGGGCUGCUGGUCCCAACCACCCUGAACCCCUCCCUCCACCUGUCCCAAAGAGAAAAAAAAUCUAUUUUUGUUUUUCUGAAAAGAAGAUUUUAAUAUUGAUGCAUUUACUUCUACUCUUCCGCCUUAUUUAUUUCCAUUUUAUUUCUUUUUAUUUGUUAUUUGUAAUUAUUUUAUGAGUAUUUAUAUAUUUUUUUUGCCUUAUUAUUGUUAUAUUAUUAUUUUUAUGGGUGUAUAAAGUGUAUAUAUGUAUCUUGUAUCCCUGAGUAACUCCACUGCUGAGUUGAGCUCGCUCUACCCUUAAAGGAGUUGUCUAGAGGUUUGGUUUUUGUGACAAACCAAGCAAGAACAAAAGCACUGAGUGACCAAAUGUCAUUUAGAAGUAUUUUCUAAAUGUUGUUUUUAUGAUUCAUUUUCAUUAUUGCCAUUGUUAUGUCUUCUUUCUUUUGUUAAUGUCUUUUUUUUUUUUUCCUGAUGUGACACAUGAUCAGCUCUUGUCAGUAAAUGCAAAACUCUCAGUCUGGAAUCCUUAAGCAGUCUCAGAAACCAUUUCCCAUGAUUUCAUGGGGUUACAGAUAACAUGACAGGCGGCAUCUCCCUGCGCCGCCUCUCAGACGGGUAUUUCUACAUUAACCUACCUCCAAUAUUUAUGUGUCUGUUGUCCGUUGUGUUAAUGUAUCUGUCAAAAGUAAAUGCUACUUUACUUUACAUGUUGCUGUUCUCUCUGACCAAGAACACAUGACCACAAGGAGCGAGUCCCGCAGUGAACCCGCUCUAUCCACAUGCUGCUGUUGGAGAGAGAAUUAUUGUUUGUGUGAGUCUAUUCCAAAGUGACUAACUGCUCACUUGUGCGUAUGUACACUUUUGUAAUUGAGAUGUAACGUAAGAAAAAAAGGUGAUAUAUUUAAUAAAAACAUUAACCUCA